CCGGAAACAGCAUACAUAAUGUACCAGAAAUACAUCAUGUGCGUCACGACGCUGGAUAUUAUUCAUGCAUAAAUUACUAUUUUUCACCGGAGCGCCGCAAACAUGGAGUCCCGACUGGAGAGCGACCAGACGGUAGACCUGGCCACACGGGUGAUGUUUACCGUCACUAGCGCCGUGCUCAUGCUCGCUCUCGGCUGUACGGUACAACUGGAGGAGUUCUUCGCCAUAUUCCACCGCCCCAGAUCCGUGCUGCUCUGCCUGCUGUCUCAGUACGUCGCCAUGCCGCUCAUAUUGUGGGGGCUGGUGGCGGCUUUUUCCCUGGACGGAGGGCGGGCCCUCUCCAUCCUGCUCAUGGCCUGCUGCCCUACCGCCGGAUUGGCUAACGUCGUCACUUACUGGGUAGAUGGCGAUAAAAACCUCAGUAUCUACGUGACGACCGUGUCGACGCUGCUGUGCCUGGUGACCAUCCCGGUGUGCCUGGCCAUCUUCACCAGCACGCCGCUCAUGCACGGCCAGCAGCUCGCCAUGGCGAUCGACAUGAUCGCGGUGGCGCUGGUCUGCGUCCUGGUGCCGGUCAUUGUCGGCAUCCUGCUCCAGCAUUACUGCAAGAAGAUCGCUGAUGUUCUGGGCAAGCUUGCGUCUUACCUGGGCGGCCUACUCUUGAUCAGCAGCAUAAUUGUCGCCACAGUGAUCUACCGCGCGGUGUUCCGCGGGCCCACCGGGGUUCUCGUCAUCGCCGCGGUCUUCCCGCCCUUCUCCCUGCUGUUCGGGUACGCCUGGGCCGUCGCGUUUAAGGAGGAGGCCGCCGUGGCCAAAACAGUGGCGGUGCAGACUGGCAACCGCAACGUGUCCCUCUGUCUCUCCGUCCUGAAGCUGGCGUUUCACGACAACGUGGCCGACCAAAUUCUGACGUUUCCCAUCGAGUACUGGCUGAUCCAGAACGCCUUCACCCUGCUGGUGGCCCUGCUGUACCACACGUGGAAGACGUACCGCUCCCCCGCCUCCACCGGCGAGUCUCUGCGCAUCCUGGGGGAGAAGGUUUCUCAGCACAGCGACGAGGAGGAAGGGGAAGACUCGGACGGGACUUAAAGGCAUCUGGUAUAUAUAAUUUCAUGACGGCAAAACGAAAAAGGUUCUGGAAGAGGAAAUCUGUCUGAUAUUGACAUUUCUUUGCACAUCAUUCGUGUCAUCAUUUCAUACUUGAAGAAGCCCCGAAACAAGCUACGCGAGAAGUCCCUUUAUUUUUGGUACCACCCAUAAAUAGCUAGAACCAGCCAACGAUACAAAACAAGCAACCGUUUUCCGACAUCCUACUUUUGCCUCACAGAUAUCUGUAUGCUAUAGAAUAGCGUUCAUUCAACUUACUACUUUUGAAAAUUCAGUUUUACUUUCCUGAAAUCGCUUUGGGUGCCUUUAAACAGGGCCAAGUAAGUAACGCGAGAUCUACACCUGACUCAAACUACAAAGAUAUUACUUCGUCCAUGUUGCGUAUGUAGGGUAUUAAGCCAACAUCUGAGGGUUUGUGAACAGGUGAACAGUGCUUGGAUAUACGCUUCUCAUUCACAGGCUCCCCUCGCCAUACAUGUACGAACGGGGUCUCUUUCCCCGUUCAGACCAGACUUUUAUAAACCGGUUGAAACCGCUAAAUAAUUAGCGGUGAGAAGCCCGGCUAAAACCAUCACCGAAGAGCAGCACCAGUGUAACGGUCUCCUUUACGUCUGACAGGCCCCGUAAACGUUGUUGUCUGUACUACGAGACUAAAUGUAAUAUGUCUGUUUGUACUGAGUGUUCAAAUGAAAAUGUGUGUAAAGUAUAUGGCGUAAGGCCACAGCACGUAAAUUUUAUGGAUGACAUCCUCCGCAGACUCCAAAUCUAAUGCGA